ACUAUUUUGUUUGGCGGAUGUGGCGGCGGUGGCUGCAGUGUUUCCGGUGCACAGCGGCGGGAUCGCGGAGGUGGCGGCAGAAAACGGCGUCGAAUAUCUUUGACAAAUCGAAAGCUUUUUACUUUUCAUCUUUAUCCGUGUAUUGUUUUUCUGGUGUUCGACCAGUGCGUCGGGCUUUUAGAAAAGCACUCGUUUCCCCCCCCCCCCCCGUUAUUGGUUAAAUUAGGCGGCCGAGCGUUUAUCUUUAGUAGCACGCUAAUCUUUAGCCAAAAUGUCUGGUGUUGUUCGAGGGCCCGCUGGAAACAACGACUGCAGAAUAUAUGUGGGUAAUCUGCCUCCUGAUAUUCGCACCAAAGACGUGGAGGAUGUGUUUUACAAGUAUGGGACGAUACGAGACAUUGACCUAAAAAAUCGAAGAGGAGGCCCACCCUUUGCUUUUAUUGAGUUUGAGGACCCAAGGGACGCUGACGAUGCGGUGUAUGGUCGCGACGGCUAUGACUACGACGGAUACAGACUGCGUGUGGAGUUUCCUCGCAGCGGCAGAGGCUCCAGAGGGGGUGGUGGAGGUGGGGGCUUUGGGGGUAUCGGUGGUGGUGGUGCUCCGAGAGGCAGAUACGGUCCUCCAUCCCGGCGCUCUGAAUACAGGGUCGUCGUGUCUGGGCUUCCACAGAGUGGCAGCUGGCAGGACCUGAAGGACCACAUGCGUGAAGCAGGAGAUGUGUGCUAUGCUGAUGUUUACAGAGAUGGCACUGGAGUGGUAGAAUUUGUGCGCAAAGAAGACAUGACCUAUGCUGUUCGAAAGCUGGACAACACCAAAUUCCGCUCACACGAGGGAGAGACUGCGUACAUUCGUGUGAAACUAGACGGCCCUCGCAGCCCCAGUUACGGGAGGUCUCGGUCCCGCAGCAGAGGAAGUCGCAGCAGAAGCCGCAGUCGCAGCGCCAGCCGCAGUCGAAGCAAUUCCCGGGGCCGCGGCAGAGGAUCCCCUCGCUACUCGCCACGUCACAGCCGCUCUCGCUCCCGUUCCUAAAUCUACCAGUUUUUCCCCCUCUUGGUGUUACACCCUCCUGUUUUUACCCUUUUAAUUUUUUACAUUUUAUGUCCCAGUGUUGUGGAUAAUCUUUGAUCUACAGCUAUCUCCUCUUUCACAUUUUCUCCCCUCUCAGUCUUUUUACUUUCACCCCCAAGUGUCCCCCUUUUUCUGUCUUCAGUUUUUUUGAACAUGACAAUUUGUGCUGUUUGACUUCAAAAAUGUUGAGUCAAAAUAAGCUGCACUCAAUGUUUUUGCAAGUGUUUGAAAUUGAGUUUUUUAUUUGAAUGCCUCAUUAUUGGGGUGGGUCAUGUUUGUGGGAAGCCCAGUGCUUAACUGUAUUUUACCCUUGUGUCUUCCUUUAGACAUCUGCAGAGAAGGAUUAAAGUGAUUUGGAAUAAA